CUUAGGAGCAGGCUGCCAUGUUCAUAUUGAAAUUAUAAAGGUUAAGCAUGUAAAAUAAGAUUUUUUUUUGUUUUGAAAUUCUUAUUGAGAGAGAGAGAGAGGGUACGGGCUGCUCUAAUGCCAGUAAACCGUGUUUCCAGGACGUCAUAUGGCGAUUAUGAAAGCAACGCGCAUAGCUAUGUAAAGCCGCAGUUGGUGGGUGGACUGUGGUGUUAGAGCGGCAACUUCCAGGUAAAUCACCAGGUACACCGCCACCAGGUCACUCACCCCAGUCCCUCCUCCUCCGCCUCCUAAAUAAAUUAACACCAAGUCAAUUUUUGCAAGUUGGCGACCCACUAAUGGGCUUGGAAGCUAAACAGUCAAUCAAAUCAUACACGCGACAACUGGACGGUAUGAUUGACGGGGUUGACGGGAAUCGCUGUGGGGACCCACUCCAACCCCCUUCCCCUUUUCUGCAACAGAGAUUUCCAAUUUGGUUUUCCCUUCCCUUCCCUUCCAUUGGCGUUUCUUCAAGUAUGAGUCUGUAACAGCAAAGAGCCUCCAACCCAUAUCUUCAAUCUGGUAUAUAAGGUAGCAAAGUUGACAAAUGGAUCAUAAAGAUAAGGUUUGUGCAGACCCCUGGGCAAAGGAUUUAAGAAAUAAGGCUUGCUCGGAUCGGCUGCCUUUUGCCAAUUUCGGUUCGCACCAGCAUCAAAACAAGUGGGAAGAUCCCUCUAUUUUAGAUUAUGGCAUGAGGAUUGAACCGUCCUUCCAGAAACUCAGCCAGCCGUCCGAGGAUCAAACUUCACUUCCUUGCAACUCCAACAAUGAGAAAACAAUUGCAGAUGGAGAAGAUGUUCAGAUGAAUGAUAUACUCCAUGCCAGUAAAAUUCAAGAUUGGGAUCCAAGAACAAUGUUGACCAAUCUUUCGUUCCUGGAACAAAAGAUCCAUCAGCUCCAGGAUUUAGUGCAUUUGAUUGUUGGCCGGAGAGGCCAAGUUCAAGGACGACCGGAUGAGCUGGUGGCUCAACAACAGCAGCUCAUAACUGCUGAUCUUACUUCAAUCAUAGCUCAAUUGAUCUCUACGGCAGGUAGUCUUCUUCCAUCCGUUAAGCAUACGCUUUCCACUGCAACAUCUUCUGUGGGACAGUUUGGGCAGCUAGGUGGUUCAUUUGUUUCUUCUGGAGCAGGAACUGAAGCUCCGGUUAAGUUGCAAAUUAAUAGCGGAAGCAAGUUAUCUGAGCAGCCCAACCAAACUGACCUGAUCACUAACUAUGGGACUGAGCAAAGCUACAACAUUGAAGAACAUGAAUCAAAAGAUGAAGAGGAUGCUGAUGAUGGCGAGAACCUUCCGCCUGGUACUUAUGAAAUCUUACAGCUAGAGAAAGAAGAAAUCCUUGCACCACACACUCAUUUCUGUGCUAUAUGUGGAAAGGGAUUCAAGAGGGAUGCAAACUUAAGGAUGCACAUGAGAGGUCAUGGAGACGAGUACAAAACCCCAGCUGCACUUGCAAAGCCCAACAAAGAAUCUAGUUCUGAACCAACACUCAUCAAAAGGUAUUCAUGCCCUUAUGCUGGCUGCAAGAGGAACAAGGAUCACAAGAAGUUUCAGCCUUUGAAGACCAUUUUAUGUGUCAAAAAUCACUACAAGAGAACCCACUGUGACAAAAGUUACACUUGCAGCAGGUGCAACACCAAGAAGUUCUCCGUUAUUGCAGAUCUCAAAACUCAUGAGAAGCACUGUGGUAAGGACAAGUGGCUUUGUUCUUGUGGCACAACCUUCUCCAGGAAAGACAAGCUUUUUGGACAUAUUGCGCUGUUUCAAGGUCACACUCCUGCCAUUCCCAUGGACGAAACAAAAACAACUGUUGGGCCAUCUGAACAUGGGGAAGGUAGUGAAGCACCAAACAGAGUUGGUAGCAUCAACUUCAAUUUUGGCUCCAUUGUGCCAAGUGGCAGUGGUUUAGUUCAGAAUAUUAUGGAUGUGAAAGAAAGUGUCGACGAUCCUACUAGUUAUUUCUCGCCGUUGAAUUUUGAUACGUGUAAUUUUGAUGGGUUUCAUGAGUUCCCUCGACCCCCAUUUGAAGAUUCAGAGAGUUCAUUCUCUUUUCUUAUGCCAGGGUCCUGUAAUUACACUCAGAAAACUGGUGGUGAGUCAAAUUCCAAAAAAGUUGAGUGACACUGAUGACUGCUCGGACCAGGUGUAUCAUUUUCUGUAACAAUUAUAAGUUAGGUGAUCCCCAUGUAUUAUGUGAUUUCUUGAACUUGAAUAAAUGGUUUUAUUUAGUUCUCUGUACUA